AUGGAAUAUUCUAGCAACGACGUAAAGCAACUGUUCAGGUCUGUCUACACCUUAGUGAAGGGACAGGACGAACAGAAAGCGACACUCACGGUAGACGAUAUCCUGCAGCCAAGUUUCCAGCUUAGCCACCGCGUACUGGUCUCGCAGUGUAUUCAACUGAUUUUUGAAGAUUUUGAAUGUGUCGGUCAGAAGUCACGGGAAAUCCUAUGGCGCAAGGGAUACUACGAUGUGGUCUCCGUGCUCAAGCGUCAAAAGGGCCGUGCAAAUGGAUCGGCUUUGCUGCACGCCGCCGACCGGUUGAUUAGUGAGGGCAUCAACUACUUCAAGGCCAUCGUGCUUCGCUUUCAACAAAUCUUCAAUCUGGAUUCGUUGCGCUACCUUGUCGAUUUUGCCCUGCUAGAGGACUACGAUAUGGAUAUGCUGCGUGAGGAACCUUCGUGCUACUCGCUGUUACAGCUGCAUACUCAAGAUGACGCUGCCGCAAAAGAGCUUUACACCAAGCAGGAAAUUUCAUUCGCACUGGAAACGAUCCACGCACUGUUAAUAUCGCUGGGAGACUUACAUCGCUAUCAGCUCGAGUUUGGUAUCGGGAAUCGGAUGCAGUUGCGCGAACGUACACGCAAGUACUAUCUGGAAGCGUUCAAGCUUAAUCCGAAGAUGGGCAUGCCACAGAACCAGCUCGGUAUGUUGGUAGGUGGACAGAACGGACAUCUUGACGCGGUGUAUCACUAUCUAUACUCGCUCUGCUGUACGAUUCCGUUCGAGUGCAGCGAGACGAAUGUAAAUGUAAUCUUUCAGAAGAACAUUCGCCACCUGGAGAGUGGUGGUGAGUUGGCGGAUGGUGUCGUGGACGGGAAUGAUAUACUUGUGGACGAAUUCAUCGCUACAUUUCUGCUUGUGGUGGAUGUGUUCUUUUACGACAAGGUCGUCACCGAUUUUAAUGCCCUGUGCCAUUCGGUGCUAAUUGAGUUUAAGAAGAUACUCAGCAUUCGGCAGUUACUGGAAGAGUACUAUCUGACGGAUGAUAUGCUGUUCAAAAUCGUUUCGAUACUGUUCUUUUGCAUGCACCGCAUCAAGAUGAUCAACUCGGACAAAAUCUACAGCUUGAACGCGUUUCUGGUGGCGCUCUGUUCGGAGUUGCUCCAGUGGUGCACGUCCAGCUUUGAAAAAUUCACGAGCGAACAUAGCCGCGAGGACGCUCAGUUUCAAGAGCUCUACCUUCGACGGUACCAACGCUACAGUGCACAGGUUAAUCGUGCGCGGGACAAAAUUAGGAAUGGAUCGGCGAUGUAUUCUAAGGAUCAGAAAUCUUCAUCCGGCGUGGAGGAGGGAACGGGCAGUCAGGAUAGUCGCGGUAAUAAGGAGAACGAGGUUGCGAAUCAUGGUGGGAAGGUAUCUUCUACAUCGAUCAUUGCCAGCGGAUCGAAAAAAGGUACUGACAAUGGACGUGGUAAAGGCACGAAUAGUCGCCAGAAGAAGCAUUCCCGUCGUCGUAGACGUGCGUAUUCGAAUGAAAGCGAUUCAGAGGAUGGAGAGCGCUAUGAAGACGAGGACGAGGAUGUAUCGGAGGACGAUUACUACGAUAGAUCGGGCACGGAGUCAAACCACAGCAGCAGCGAAGAAGAGGAGGAAGAUGAAGACGAUGCAAUGUCACUAUCGAGCUAUGGAUCGUACGACGAAUAUUCGGAUGAAGGAGACUAUGAUCAGGAGGAAGAUGGAGAUCAUUCCGAAGAGGAAGAGGAUCACCCCGGGGACCAUAAUGAAGAUGAACAGCAUGGCGUCAUCGCUUGCGAGGAGUUAACUCCGGAACAGUUGAAGUUCAAAAAACGCUACCAAAAGCUAGACCCUAACAUUGUGCUAGAGUUCGCCCAGGGCGAGCGUACGAUGCGUUCGCUGAAGGUCCUGUUCGAUUGGUUACUGUGCAACAUGGAUGUGCUGCACAAUUGCUACCAAUCAAACCCGGAGUUUCUGCACAAUAUCAUGAAGUUGCUGAAUUUCUUCAAUUUGGACUUCUUUACGAAUCGAUUCUAUUUCACGCGGGAUCUGAUCACCGUUCAGGGUUUGCGCCUGGAUCUGCAAGAGAUUUUUAACUGUCGUCGUACCAUUCCGCUGCAGGAGGACAUUGCGAUGAAGCGUUUUCCGUUGUUUGAACCAACCCAGGAGGGUUUGCUGUGGGAAACACCGUACAAGCUGGGCAUUGGCCAGGAAGAUGAAAGUUUCCUGCGCCUGAUGAAGAUGGUUGACUUCGGGUUUGCUGUGUGCAAGUCGAAGAAGUUUGACUACUGCUUCCAGCCGAAGGUGCGUGCAUUCAAAGUUCGAGUUGGCUACAAUGGAAGCGGCGGCAGCACCAAGGGUCGCAACAAGUCAUCGUCCAAGGGCCAACGCAACGGUGGGAAACAACGACGUAAGGGCGAUACGGCGAUGGGCAAAAAUGGCGGAAACAAGCGGGAUUGGAAUGCGGUGUGCGGUGGCGACACUGGAAAUAGAUCCCGUGGUCUAUCGUAUAGCCAGUCACGUACUGGUCGCACUGUGAGAGGUACUGGAUUGGGGGAGGAGAAAAAUCAACGUAAACCGAUCGACAAUAGUGAUCAUCGACGUGAGGAUGCGACGAAUGAUGUUCUGCUUUCACGGGAGCGUAAUAAGCGUCAGCGUAACAGAGUGCGCAACAAGACCCGGCAUGGAAACGACGAGUAUGGUUUGGCAGAAGGUCACGAACAAACUCCAACGUUGUUCACAAAAAAGGGCUAUCUGCACAAUCGUGCUAAUGGAAUGUUGAUACAACGUGGCGCUGGAUGCAACCCCGGAGUCCCUGAUGGAGAUGAGAUGCAACGGGAGAAAAAAGCAGGACCUCAGGAGAAAGGUGACAUCAGUGCUAUUAUGGGUCAACUAUGGUUACGGAAUGAGGUCGAAACGCUUGAAUCCAAGGUUAAUAAACGAGCUGGUAACUUAACGCUGACACCGUAUCUGGUGCUGGAUUCUAAAUGUCUGACCGAAUACACUUCUAUAGUGAAGAAUUUGAUCAGAACAAAGAAGUUUGUCGUUUUGAUCCCGGGCGCUGUUUUGGGUGACCUGGAUGAGUUGAAGAAGCAUAGCGAAGGUGCACGUAAUGCCAUCAAGUGGUUGGAGGUUGAGUUUAGCAAAGGCAAUCGUUUCCUGCGUGCGCAGAAGAACCACGAAUCAUUGCCAAUGCCAUUGGUGAAAAUUCCGAAAAAGUUAGAUCGCGAAGGUGCAGUAUUCAAUCAGAUCGUUCAGUUCUGCAACCAUAUUGUGACUGACCACGCCGAUAAUGAUAACGAUAUCAUCACCUACCUGUCGGGAGACAAUCUGCAGGACAAGAAACUCUGCAACGGUAGCAGCUACAUCGGCAUCCUGGAGGCGAUACCGGUCAAGUUUGAGCAAAUUGUCACGUUCUACUCUAGCUACAAGCGGAAAUGA